AUGGUGUCGGCAAGAGGCGAGAAGAAGGAAAACAAGAAGACCAAGUCGAGCGCCCAGUCGCCGCAGAAAUCGGCGAGAUCGGAGGCGCCGAAGCUGCCGAGCGCCGACGAGAAACAGGCGCUUUCGCCUAAAGGAAAACCGGUUGGUUGAGGAAAACGAACCACAAAGAUGAAUCUUUUUCAGCCACGGAAGAAACCGAGUAAAAUGCAGGUGAGUGUGGACGCGUCGGAGGUGGCACCGACGGAGAACCAAACGGAAACGGUGGAGGCGACGUUGAACGAGGACGAGAAUGCGUCCACUCUGAAUCCGCUAAAGGUCUCCUCUUCCUCAUCCAAAAUGCUGCAAACCGGAGCAGUGAGCCAAAUGACGACAGUAGUCGAACUUCCGAAGCCGCCGCCCACUCACUUUGCCCCAUUCGUCGUCAAGCUCGAGCCGGAGUACUCGGCGACGAAGACGUUCUUCGCGAAUGUGUCAUUGAACAGAAACAUGAUAGUGACUACGGUGAGACGGCCGAUGAUGCCGUUGCUGAUAGCCGGCGAUCUGAUGAGUGCGGUCAACGGAGUGUCCGUCUGGAAUCGUCGACAACUCGAUCGGGAGAUCAACAAUUGCAAGAAAACCGAGUCGGCAGAGAAUGUAAACUGAACUGAUUCCCCUAUCCUCUUCGUUCCAACCCGUUCCAUUCAUUCAGCCAGUGCAACUGACCGUAAUCCGUGUCUGGAACAUGAUAUGUCCGCCGAGAGAGCGAAUGGAACUGUUGAAUGUGCAGCUCGACGAACGCCUUCAACACUUUAUGACCAGAGUUUAUCUGAACGGCAAGAGCCCGGGAUUCAAUAUAAAUCAGGACAAGCGGAGGGUGUAUGUCAUGAGUUUGAAGCCGAAAUCGCCAGUCAGCUACUCGCUCCGCCUCGGUGAUUAUCUUCUGGCGAUCGGCGACACGAAUCUGGUGAGCAUUAGAAAGUGAAUUUUGAAAAGUUCUUCUUUCAGAAUUUCAAAACAAGGAAGACCACGCAGACGACGAUUCGGAACGUGUUGGACCGAAACAGAAAAAUCGGAUAUGUCGAGUUAGCGAACGCGUUGUUCGUCUUCAAAAAAUGAUAGUUUUCAGUGUAAUCGCCUGCCGUCCCGUCUUAUAUCGCAGCUCGCCGAACCCGAGUCUCGAGGCGGACUUGACGGAACGAUUCCCGGAGUUGCUGCUGAAACAGGAGAAGGAGAGUUCGAAACCGGCAGCCCAGCCACCAACGGGACCGCCGCAACCGCCCGGCACCGCUCCGAGCACUGCUCCCGCUCCCGCAGCCAAGACGGAAAAGAAGGAGCCCGAGGAUCUGAAGGAUGCACCGCUGGAAGCUGAUUCUCUGGAAAUUGCGCUUCGUGAAAUGUGCUGUCUUCAGCAAUUUGUGAAACCGGAAACCCCACUGGUCAGUCAGCCCCUCUCAACGAAAUGACUCUAUUCCUUUACAGCCGUCCUUCGACAAGGGUCGUUCCCUGCUCCGUGCUCCUUCGACGCUCUCCGCCGCCACCUCUUCGGCCACGAAUCUCGCCGAAAAGUCCGUCUACAUGCCCACAACUUCCACCGCCGCCGUUGCCACCGCCUCCACUAUGGGCCCCUCGCCGGCUGGAACUCCGCGCAAGAAGAAGUGGAAGUCGAAGUCGCCGUCACGACAGGCGACGAUCAGUUUCAAAGAGCAACCCGAGACGGCGAAGAUCACGUCGGACGUGUCCGAUGAGGCGGAACUGAAGAAGUGCGAUCCGAGGUCCGGAAUCGUCGCCUACAUCAGAAACGUGUUCAACAGCAAUUGA